GACUGUAUCCCAGGGGACUUCCUCAACCAGCUAGAGCAAGAUGAUGCCAAAGCAAAUCCAGAAGAAAGGACGGUAGAUGAAAUCUCGGGUGGGAUCCUGCAGGCACUGUGCUUGUACAACGAGGACAGAAACUUGCUGCGUAUUCGAGAGAGGGAGAGGCGGAAUCAGGAGGCUCUGCAGGAGAAAGACAAGUUCUCUGAGAAGACUCCCCUCUUUGCAGAGCCCUACAAGACUAAUAAGGAAGAUGAGUUGUCAAGCCGAAUUCAGAACAUGCUGGGCAAUUAUGAGGAGGUCAAGGAAUUCAUCAGCAACAAGUCCCAUCAGAAUCUCAUAGGGAUUCCAAACAGUGUCAAUCCUCUGAUCCCGCAAGGGAAGCUUGAUCCCCCAUACCCUCCUGAAAAGACCAGCCAUGCAUUGCCAUCUUCAUUCCACUGCACAACCCGCCACCCACCCGUGGGACCUCCUGUGGCUGUAGGGCCCCCCCCCCAAAGCCGCUCCGUUCAUUACCAAAAGGCACAAUCAAGAACAGAAACAGCUUCAGGUUUGCACACCACGAGUCACAGCUUAGCCAGCCGCCGGGGCCGAGGUCAAGAACACAACCGGGAUGGGCAGGAAAGCCACCCAGGUAUUCAGCACAGGAGAAGCGCCAGGCGUGCGGCUGGUGAAGGUCGUGCUGAUGAACUGCAGGCCUCCCUUCCUGCGCUCCCUCCGUUGCUGUCCUCGUUGCCUUUGCCAGUGGCACCCCUGUCACCUUUACAUUCCAGCCAGCAUAUCAAUUCCAGGCCACAGAACAGCAGCAAAAGUCACGGGCCGACCUACAGUCAAACAAAAUCACCUCAGGACCUAGUGACAGGAUCACAGGAGAAGGAAAGUUGUGACAGCUCAGCUGUUAACCUGACCAGCACCACUCAGCCUUCCUCUCAAGCUUUUCCCCCACCUUUGCCAUCAAAAACCAGUGCAAUGCAGCAGAAACCAACUGCCUAUGUGAGACCAAUGGAUGGCCAAGAUCAAGCACCAGUUGAAUCACCAGAGCUCAAACCUCUCCCAGAGGAAUACCACAGAGAACCCUACGAAAAAAUCUCAGAUUUGAAGGCAAAUGCCAAAGCCAAGCUAUCCAAAUUGGAAAUCCCUUCUGAGCCCAUAGAGCAAACCUUCCCAGGUGAUGUUCACUCCAUUGAAGAAAUUUUGAAGGAAAUGACACACUCAUGGCCACCUCCUCUGACAGCUAUUCACACGCCUAGUACAGCAGAGCCUUCCAAAUUUCCAUUCCCAACAAAGGAAUCACAGCCUGUUGGGCCUGUAGCACAGAUUCAGAGACAGCAUGACACACCUUCAGAAACGUUGCCUGGUUCUCAGCCAAGAACAUCAAUGCUCCAGGAUGACCUGCACCUCAGUGAUAGUGAAGAGAGUGGUGACGACCAAGUCGAUGAAAAGGCACCUUCUUCACUUGCUCGUCCAAGUGCCCUACAGUCCCAGCCUAAGAGUGUGGCAUCAGCACAUUCCAGCAGCCCGGAGUCAGGGAGCAGCAGUGACUCAGACAGCUCUUCAGACUCAGACACGGAGAGCAACUCGAGUGUCAGUGAAGCCAACGACCCUCCGAGAGCAUCAGCACCCGAGCCUGAUGCACCAACUUCUAAUAAGUGGCAGCUCGACAACUGGCUAACCAAGGUGAACCCACCAGCAGUGCCAACAGAGAGUCUCGGCGAAGUGGCCCGUGGGGAUGGCUGUGAGGAGCACAGAGAGCAGGGGCAGGAUGUCAGCAGCAGUUCCUCCCACCAGCACUCAGAGCCACGGGAGCCUCAUCACAAAGGCUGCGGCCGAGCGGCCAGGGCUCCUUGGGACACUCCUCUUCCAGCCAGACCCAACUGCCAGAAGUCUCCCGUGCGUGCUGGGGAGCCCUUGCCCAGGCAGACUGUGGGUAUUAAAAAGCCCAGCAAGGCCCCGGUGCACGAGGAGCCCAAGGGAGGCCUGAAAGUGGAGAGUGACUCUGGCUCUUCUGAGGUCAGAGACCAGCCUUCCAGAGACAAGCCCAAAGUCAAAACGAAAGGGAAGCCAAAAUCUGGUAACAGAAAAGACCUGAAGCCGACACUGGGAGAGCCCCCUGAGAACAGAAAGCACAAGAGCCCCCACCAGGCCAAUGCCAAACCCUCCUUGGACCCCAAGCUCAUGAGAGAUGUUCUCCUUGGCAGUACCCAGGAGCAUCUUGUUCUCAGUCCUCUUCCUCAAGGCCAGGGCACAGUGCCCACCAGAACGAGCAGCCACAGGCCUGCUGUCCUGACUGGAGAGGAUUUUCACCAGGAGAAACUUCCCUUACCUGUCAUGGAGAAUAAGUUGCUCUCGCCAGUGAGGGACUCCCCCGUCCCUCAGUCCCUCAUGGUCAAAAUACAUCUUCCUCUUCUGUCAAGAGUCCCCAAGCCCUCUGGGAAAGGCAGUCACCAGAAGAAAGCAGAGGCCAAGGAGCUCUCUGGUGCAAGGAAGCAGGACUUGAAGAGGAAAACCACAGACACUCCUGACAAGACCCUUCAAAAGAGGAAGAGGAAAGUGGAGGAGAUUGAUAGGAAGAAAAUGAAAUCAGAAAAAGAAACAAAAUCAUCGCAGCCUUCAGCUAACAAAGACUCCAGUAAAUUGAAAACAUCAAAAACUCCAUUUGAAACCCAGAAGAAAGAUCUCCUGCUGCCACCACCACUGCCACCCAUGUCUCCUGCAUAUCCUGCACCAAAAUCAACAAAGGUGGCACAAAAGAGACCCCUAAAUGAGAGUGGUGAGCUGCCUGCCAUGGAUAACACUGCCAGGAGCAAGAGCAACCACAAAGAUCCUUUGCUGCCCAAGCACAAGAAAGUGGAGAGGAAUCAUGCUGAACUGCCAAAGGGUAUCAAAGGAUCUGCAAGUGAUGUCACAAAUCCUUUCCCAGUGCCUUCUUUGCCAAAUGGUACCUCCAAGCCAAGGAGACCUCAACUCAAGUUCGAAAAGCAGCAUCCGAUGGAAUACUACAUAGAAGAGGCCAAGAGGCUGAAGCACAAAGCUGAUGCAAUGACCAACAAGACUGGAAAGGCCUUUCAGUAUCUAGAUGCUGCCCUUUCCUUCAUUGAGUAUGGGGUUGCCUUGGAAUCGGAUGCACCAGCACCAAAAUCAGCUUACAGCAUCAUCAGCGACACCAUAGAGCUCAUCAAAUUCAUCAUGACAUUGAAACCCUUUAUGGACUCCUCAGCAUCUGCACACGAAAAAAUCUUUGCUGUGUUAUGCAUGCGCUGCCAGUCCCUUCUGCAUAUGGCAAUGUUUUGUUACAAAAAAGACACUGCAAUAAAGUAUUCCAGGAUCCUGAACGACCACUUUAAGAGUUCUUCCAGAGUAACACAAGCACCUUCUCCAUGUGUUGCAAGAAGCACAGGCAUGCCUUCUCCUCUUUCUCCAAUGCCCUCUCCUGCUGGUUCUACAAGUUCUCAGCCAGGAUCAAACGCUAGCAACUGCAGUGGCAACAGCACUGGCUCUUCAGUCACCAUCCCCUGUAAUAUCCCAAGCAUCACCUCUUCCUACAUCAACAUCACUUCCCAUAUCCUCUGUGCGUAUGAUAUUUGGGAACAGGCUGAUGCACUGGCCAGAAAGAAUAAGGAGUUUUUUGCUGAGCUCGGCGCGGCGACGUGUGUUCUGGCUCUGAACAGCAGCAUGGCUGAGCUGGUGCACUACACGAGGCAGGGUUUGCAGUGGCUGAGACUGGAAACAAACACGCCUUAA